AUGUUUAUUUCACUCGCCGCAAUCGCAGGUCUGGCAACCGCCGUCUCCAGCCGAAUCAUUCCACGACAGUCAGGAAGUCUUCCCGCCGUGACGACCAAAGGCAACGCCUUCUGGGCCAACGGAGAGAGAUUCUACAUUCGCGGUGUCGCAUAUCAACCCGGCGGUGCGGCUGAUGCACAAGACCCACUGCUUGACCUCACCUCUCUGCGUCGGGACGUCGAGCGCUUCAAGGAGCUGGGCAUCAACACAAUCAGAAUAUACACGAUCGACAACAGCCAGAACCACGAUGAGGCUAUGCAGUUGCUGGACGAUGCGGGCAUCUACCUUGCUCUUGACGCCAAUACACCCCACUACUCUCUGAACCGCGCGGAUCUGUCCUCGUUGCAUGCUUCUUACAACCAGGUCUAUCUGCAGUCUGUCUUUGCUACGAUUGAUGCAUUCGCUGGCUACAGUACGUCUCCAAACCACGUCACACCAAGGGCGGCAUACUGAUAAGGUUCUAGACAACCUUCUCCUCUUCUUCUCCGGCAACGAAGUCAUCAACGCCCGCAACAACACCAACGCAGCUCCCUACAUCAAGGCCGUCACUCGCGACAUGAAGAACUACAUCCGCGCCCAAUCCUCCCGUCCCAUCCCCGUCGGCUAUUCUUCUGCCGAUGUCGCCGAGAACAUCGAAUCCCAAGCCCUCUACUUUGCCUGUGGAAAAGACGAAGUCGCCCGCUCCGACUUCUUCGCUUUCAACGAUUACAGCUGGUGCGACCCCAGCAGCUUCACGCAAUCCGGAUGGGAUCAGAAAGUCAAAACCUACUCCAACUACAGCGUCCCCCUCUUCUUGUCCGAAUUUGGAUGCAUCACCAAUACCCGUGAAUGGGAAGAAAUCGGCGCUCUCUACUCUACCGAGAUGACCGGUGCCUACUCUGGAGGUCUCGCUUACGAGUACACCCUCGAAGCCAACGGAUAUGGUCUUGUCGAGAUUGAAAAUGGCGAGGUCGUUCCUAAUGAUGACUUUGAUCGCCUCAAGGCUGCUUAUGCUAAGACUCCUAACCCGAAGGGUGAUGGCGGUGCUCGCACUACUACUACCGUCCCUCAAUGCCCGGCUGAAUCCGAAGAGUGGCACGUCGCAACCACCCUUCUUCCGGAGAUCCCCGUGGGCGCGAAGAAGUACUUUGAAAGCGGAGCUGGUAAGGGACCUGGUCUGAAGGGUGCUGGCAGCCAGUGGGCCGGUGAACCCUCCGCCACCGACCCAGAUCUCAGCAACGGUGUCUCGACUACCGUGGCGCAAACGACGUCCUACAGCAGCAAUUCUUCGAGCAGCAGCAGCGGCAGCGGCAGCACCGGCAGUGAUUCGCAAUCGGCUGCUUCCCCGAGCAAUCUUUCGAUCAGCCUGGUCACGAUCGUCGCGCUGGCCAUUGCGUUUGUCAUCGAUCUAUAG